CUUCUUUUCUCCAACAACAUAGGCACAGCAACUUAAUUCUAUUCUAAACUUCAAACACCUGUUGCAAUUCCAAUUGACGUACGAACUCUCAAUACAAACUUUGUUACCAAUGUGUCAUCAAGAUUUUGAAUUUCAGUAGACUGACUGAGCUCGUCAGAUAGCUGAAAGCUUUUCUUUUUGUCCUGAAACUUACCAUGAUUAUUUUGUUUCCACGAGCAUUCUAGCUAGGGUUCAGACGAAUUUCUAGGAGGAGGUCGCGCGACACCGUCCAUCCACGGCGAAAGCAGGCUCGCCCCACAACAGCUUUGUUCCAUUGCAUCCUCCCCAACUCAUGUUGUGCUGUGCCUGGUGGUCAGGAAAGAGGCUCCUCCCUUUCCCUCUCCACCUCGCCGUGCUUCUCCAGUCCACCUCCCCCCUCGUCGUUGCUUCUUCCCUCCCCUUCCCUCGUCGUCGCGCUAUCCCGCCGGUGCGCGGGCGUGGGGCCAAGCGCCGCCGAAAGGUAGCAGCAGAGGAGAAGACGGACACGGACGCAAUAGCGUCCACCCCCGUAGGCACCCCCCGCCCAAAGACUGGUGGCAGGCCUCCUACAGGCAGAUGCUAGGUGCGUUUUUCUCCUCCAUUUGCCUCUGCCUGUCAGUGGUGAUGGUUGUGCGUUUGGAUUAGUCAUGAUUAGUGUGGUGGUAAUGCUCAAGUUGGGGCACUGUCACUGGCCGGAUUGAGUGUCAUUUUUUGGUUUUAUGUCACAAUAGCUAACAUUACAGUUUUAGGUGUGAUUGACCACUAGGUCUUUAUCUCUGCUCUGAGUACUAAGCUGGCAGGAUCGAAAAGUUCAAUUUUUCAUUUGGUGGUCUGAAACUAAAGCUCCUUCACCUUCAGCCCUGUGUUUUCACUAUGGGAAUGGUCUUCCUUAGUCCAUAUGAAUAUUACCUGUGGCCUACGGAUAUGAACAUGAUAAUUAUUUUAUAGCUUUGUGAUUGAUAUUGCCAUGCUAUUCAGCCUCCUAGCAGCACCGGUACCAACCUUUCUAUUUUCACAGUACAUUGGCUUCGUUUCUUUUUGUUGCAAAUAAUUUCUUAGAAAAGUUUGACUCUCUAAAACCUAGGUUGUUGAGUAGAUACAUAACAUCACAUAAGUUGUACGGAAAGGGUAGUAGUGAUGCUCUUUAUGAGAAUCUUUGAGGAAGAGAGAUGACCCCCUAACACAUCAAAUCCAAACUUAUUUUUGAACUAUUAUUUAUAAGAUAAUCUCAUUUGUCCCAGUUUUACCGAGCAAAACUUCAAACAAGUACUUAAAAGGGACUUUCCUGUUUAUAGAUGCCAUUUUGAUAACUGAUGCUGUCUCAAUAUUACUGUGUCCUUCUGGUGCUUCACCAUUAGUUUUAUUUCCAACCAUAUGAUUGACAUUGAAAGGACACCAGCCGGCUUAGCCUUUCGGUGACUCUAAACACCACGACACAUUCAGGUGAGCAGGUGACACUUCCACAUUAUAAUACAUUUGUAGACUGAACUGUUCUCCUACUACAUACAACUGCAUGUUUAAAUAAUCAUAUUACUUUUAUGUGUACAGAUCCACAUAUAAUGUUUCUUCUAUGUGUCUAAAGCAACGUUCUAAAACUCGCGCAGGGCGCGAAUAAGUUACUAGUUUUAUAUUUAAUUGUCGAUUUGAGAUGUUUGUAAGACAAGCUUGUGUACUUGUAUUCUAAGUUAACAAUUUACAUUUGAGAUAUAUAAAAAAAAAUUGAAUUAUCGGACCACCCUAGCAUCAAAUCCCACAUAUAUAAGCACCACUGACCUGAUGCCUCCAUUCCUUGCAUGGUUUGCCCCAGAGGCCAGAGCCAUGUGACCCACCACCAAAGAAUGUCCUGACAAGGUGCUUCUCGCUGACCAUCGAAACACAGAGCUUCAUGUCUGCCCAGUACUUGCAACACACGUUCUAGCCAGUAAGAUUGUAAUUCUUUUGGUAGCUUGCAGUCUUGCACACUCGUAGGAAGCUAGGAACGUAGGAUUGUGGUGGCCCCUGGGUAGCGGCGUAGCGCAUUGCGCAUUGUUGUGAGAAACUAGGAGUGCACAUCAAUAGCCGGCGGUAGGAAUGUAAAUUUUUUUAAUUCACAAGUAACUAGUAGAUUGUAAUGAAGUUUUCUUCAUUGUGAAUGAAGAUGGUAUAAUGGAGACUUUUAAGGCUGUUAGAAAGAUAAGCCCAGCAUCGAAAGAAAUAGAAUAGUUGUCUUAUUUGAACUAUGUUGUAAGUAUUAGAUUUUCUGGAGGCAAAUUUUAUACCUAUUUGUGGAUUUGAAGAUGUUUGUAACACAAGCUUUUGUGCUUGUACUGUAAGGUUGACAAUUUACAUUUGAGAUAUUAAAAAAAUCCACUUAUUGAAACACCCUAGCUUCAAAUCCUAUAUAAAUGCCACUGACCUGAUGCAUCCAUUCCUUCCAUGGUUGGCUCCAGAGCCAUGUGACUCCCUACCAAAGAAUAUCCUGGCAAAAGGUGCUUCUCGCUGACCAUCGAAACACAGAGCUUCAUGUCUGUCCAGUCCAAGGUGGUUGCGCUUGGUGCACUGAUCUUCCUUGUCUCGUAUGGCUCUUGCACUAGGAUUGUCAACUUUAAUGCCUCCCACAUCACCACCGACCCCUACUGGGUGGCUGCCAGGGCCACUUGGUACGGUGCGCCAACCGGCGCUGGCCCCUAUGACAACGGUGGUGCUUGUGGGUUCAAGAAUGUGAACCUACCUCCUUUCUCGGCCAUGACAUCGUGCGGCAACCAGCCCCUGUUCAAGGAUGGCAAGGGCUGUGGCUCGUGCUACCAGAUACGUUGUGUCAACCACCCGGCAUGCUCUGGCAACCCGGAGACUGUGAUGAUCACCGACAUGAAUUACUACCCAGUCGCCAAGUACCACUUUGAUCUCAGUGGCACGGCGUUUGGUGGCAUGGCACAGCCCGGCCGCGACAAUGAGCUCCGCCACGCCGGCAUCAUCGACAUCCAGUUUAGGAGGGUGCCCUGCAUCUACCCCGGGCAGACAGUGACCUUCCACAUCGAGCACGGCUCAAACCCCAACUACUUAGCAGUGCUCGUCGAGUUCGAAGAUGGCGAUGGCGAUGUGGUCCAGGUGGACAUAAUGGAGGCCAACUCUGGGUGGUGGAUGCCGAUGCGGGAGUCGUGGGGAUCCAUCUGGAGGAUGGACUCCAAGCGCCGGCUGCAGGGGCCCUUCUCGCUGCGCAUCACUAACGAGUCAGGCGAGACAUUGGUGGCUUACCAGGUCAUCCCGGCAAACUGGGCGCCCAACAGCUACUACCGCUCCAACAUCCAGUACGAGGCUUUUGGCUCUGCUGCUGGACAGGCUACUGGCUCUGCUGUUGGACUGGUCAUUAGCUCUGCUGCUCGACUGCACACGUUAAUUACCAGGAUCAUUGGCUUGAUCUGUUUGGUAUUAUUGUAUCAUUUGCAAGGGAUUGAGGUGCCUUAGUUUUAAUUAGCACUUGACAUGUUGGGUGUCCUACGCUGUAGGUGGUGUUGUGUGUUUGCUGGAGGCGUCGUCGGUCCAGAGUUUCAUCUUUUCGAAAAAGUUUUGAAACCAAAUAAUUUUCCUAUGAAUUUCGUUGAUUCCUGCGUGACAGGUAGCUGAUGUAGCUCUGUGGGAGAUGUACACAUGUAUUUGGUGCUAGAUAGCUGGGCUGUCCUGUCUUGUUCUGGCUGUUGUAAGGGGCUCACUGCUUUCAACUGUUCUAUAAAUCUUACUAGUCGGUUGCCCGUG